GUUUCACUCACUCACAUUCCCUGCUUCGUAAAUCCGCCGCACAGCACACUUUGCAUCUCCUCAUAGCAAUCUGCAGAAUUUGUACACUUCAUUUAAAAAAAUGGUUGAAGCCAUGGAACGUGAAGAAACGCCCAAAUUCAGAGACAUUAGACGGUAUAUCUGCGAGUUCUGCGGUAUCUGCAGGUCCAAGAAAGCCCUCAUCACCUCUCACAUCAAUUCGCACCACAAGGAGGAAGCCGAAAAAGCAGAAGCUGAAAAGGAUCCCCAAUCAGAUCCUGUUAAAUCCAACACGUGCGAGGAAUGUGGUGCCACUUUCAAGAAACACGCCUAUUUGUUGCAGCACAUGCAAAGUCACUCGCUUGAGCGGCCCUUUGCGUGUACUGUUGAUGAUUGUCAGGCAAAUUACAGAAGGAAAGACCACCUGACUCGGCACCUUCUACAGCAUCAAGGGAAGACUUUUAAGUGCCCUGUUGAGAAUUGCAACAUUGAGUUCUCUUUGCAUGGCAAUAUGAAAAGGCAUGUUGAGGAGAUUCAUGAUGAUAGUUCUACCUCUAUUUGGGACAAAAGUCCUAAACAGUUUGUGUGUUCAGAGAUUGGUUGUGGAAAGGUUUUCAGAUAUGCAUCACGGCUACAAAAGCAUGAAGGUUCUCAUGUUAAGCUGGAGUCAGUAGAUGUGAUGUGCUUAGAACCUGGUUGCAUGAAACAUUUCACUAAUGUUCAGUGCCUUCAAGCCCAUGUUAAAUCCUCCCAUCAAUAUAAAACCUGUGACAUUUGUGGGACUAAGCAACUGAAGAAAAAUAUUAAACGGCACCUUCGUUCACAUGAAGCCAGCAGUUCAUCGGAGACCUUUCAAUGCGAGUUUAAGGGUUGUUGCUGCACAUUCUCCACAAAAUCUAAUCUUGAUAAGCAUAAGAAGGUUGUGCAUUUUAAGGAAAAGCCUUUUGUGUGUGGGUUUCCUGAUUGUGGCAUGAGAUUUGCUUACAAACAUGUGCGAGAUAAUCACGAAAAAACUGCCAAGCAUGUUUUUACUCUUGGGGAUUUUGAAGAAGGUGAUGAAGAGUUCAGAUCAAGGCCGAGGGGAGGGAGGAAGAGAGAAUGUCCUACGGUUGAAAUGCUAAUUAGGAAGAGGGUUACCCCGCCUAGUCAUUAA